CAACAACCAUAAGUGUUCAUUCUAUAAUGCUGCUGCUCCUGCACGAUAAAUUUGAUCUUUUUGACCGGUACAUGUUGAUAAAUCCGAAUGCCAGACAGUUUUAAAUCUAAAAUUCAUUGCCCUUCAUCCACCACUCAUUCAUCUUCUGUUAACGACACUCUUCUACACCGAUUUCUUAUCUUAGCGGCCAUCAAACUCCUGAAACAUAUACGGCCGCAUAAGGGGAGCGUUCUUUUCGUCUCUCGAAGUUUGUGUAUCAAGUAUGGACCACUUGUCCAGCUCUCUGAAGCUUCGACGAUGCGUUAUAUCUCCAGCCAUACAUCCAUUCCUGUGCCUAAGAUCUUCUGCGCCUUCGAACAUCACGGCUGGACCUAUAUCCUCAUGGAAAUGAUUCAUGGCGACAAGAUUGGAGUUGGAUGGAUGGAUCGAAGUGAGGAAUCAAAGGCGAAGGUUUUAUCACAACUAAAGCAGAUGAUCCAAGAGAUGAGGAGUCUUAUUCCUCCUGACGGAUGUGGCAUUGCAAAUAUCAAUGGCGAAUCUCUAUAUGACUGUCGAUUACCAGGACCCUCACUGAAUUUUGGACCAUUUAGCAAUGUUCAAGAUUUUCAUACCCAUUUACGUCAAGGCAUAUACCUGGAUCCAAAUCUUGACCCGGAGUUACAGGAACUCAUCGUUCAGCAACAGAGUAGCUGGCCGCUGAAAUUUACGCAUGGUGAUCUUAGCAGCUUGAAUAUUCUAGCUUCUGGAGAUGAAAUUGUCGGUAUUAUUGACUGGGAGACAGCUGGAUGGUAUCCAUCAUAUUGGGAAUACACUACUGCUUGUCAAGUGAACCCGCAGAACUAUUUCUGGCGUGAUGAGAUUGAUAAAUUUCUUGAGCCGAUGCCUAAGGAGCUAGAAAUGGAAGAGACUCGCCGAAGAUAUUUCGGUGAUUUCUAGUCUAUGGCAAGGGAUAGUUUGCUUUUGUUAGAUUAAGUCAUAUGUUGUAGCGCGGCCUAUACCAAUGCUGCACUUUCUAUACACAAUUCAAGCCAAGUUGGCCUUAUCUGAUUGGCA